GCGGCCCGAGCCGCCGGGGCGCGGGGCUAUGAUGGUGCACUGUGCCGGCUGCGAGCGGCCCAUCCUCGACCGCUUUCUGCUGAACGUGCUGGACCGCGCGUGGCACAUCAAAUGCGUUCAGUGCUGCGAGUGCAAGACCAACCUCUCGGAGAAGUGCUUCUCGCGCGAGGGCAAGCUCUAUUGCAAGAAUGACUUCUUCAGGCGCUUUGGCACCAAGUGCGCCGGCUGCGCGCAGGGCAUCUCACCCAGCGACCUGGUGCGCAAGGCCCGCAGUAAAGUCUUCCACCUCAACUGCUUCACCUGCAUGGUCUGCAACAAGCAGCUGUCCACGGGCGAGGAGCUGUACGUCAUCGACGAGAACAAGUUCGUGUGUAAGGACGACUACCUGAGCUCCUCCAGCCUCAAGGAGGGCAGCCUCAACUCAGUGUCGUCCUGUACGGACCGCAGUUUGUCCCCGGACCUCCAGGACCCGCUCCAGGACGACCCCAAGGAGACGGACAACUCGACGUCGUCGGACAAGGAGACAGCCAACAAUGAAAACGAAGAGCAGAACUCGGGCACCAAGCGGCGCGGCCCGCGCACCACCAUCAAAGCCAAGCAGCUGGAGACGCUCAAGGCCGCCUUCGCCGCCACGCCCAAGCCCACGCGCCACAUCCGCGAGCAGCUGGCGCAGGAGACCGGCCUCAACAUGCGUGUCAUCCAGGUGUGGUUCCAGAACCGACGGUCCAAAGAGCGCAGGAUGAAACAGCUAAGCGCACUGGGCGCCCGGAGACACGCCUUCUUCAGGAGUCCGAGGCGCAUGCGUCCGCUCGGUGGCCGCUUGGACGAGUCCGAAAUGUUGGGGUCCACUCCAUACACCUACUAUGGAGACUACCAAGGCGACUACUACGCGCCGGGAGGCAACUACGACUUCUUCGCGCACGGCCCGCCGUCGCAGGCGCAGUCCCCGGCCGACUCGAGCUUUCUGUCGCGAGCAAUUUCUGGGGACCAAAGUCAAUACCGCAGAGGGUCAAGCGAUCUCGAGCGCGCUCCAGACUUCCCCCGACCCCCACCCACCACCUCCAUGGACCAAGAGAGGGCUGAGACCAAGGGGCGGAGAUGA